AGUGGGGGUUUUUGUUUGUUUUUUUCCUUUAGCUAAGUGUCAGGCGGAAAAAUACCAAAGAGAUGUUUGGUGGCUUUUUCAAAAGUGUGGUGAAAAGCGCUGAUGAAGUCCUGUUUUCUGGAGUUAAGGAGGUAGAUGACUUCUUUGAGCAAGAGAAGACCUUCCUCAUUAACUAUUACAAUAGAAUCAAGGAUUCCUGUGGAAAAGCUGACAGAAUGACCAGAUCUCAUAAAAAUGUGGCAGAUGACUAUAUCCACACUGCAGCCUGCCUGCACAGCCUGGCUUUGGAAGAGCCCACGGUCAUUAAAAAGUACCUGUUGAAGGUUGCUGAACUAUUUGAAAAACUUAGGAAAGUAGAGGGUCGAGUGUCAUCCGACGAAGACUUGAAGCUGACAGAGCUCCUCCGGUACUACAUGCUCAACAUAGAGGCCGCAAAGGACCUCUUGUACAGGCGAACCAAAGCCCUCAUUGACUAUGAGAACUCCAACAAGGCCCUGGACAAAGCCCGCUUGAAAAGCAAGGAUGUUAAGUUGGCUGAGGCACACCAGCAGGAAUGCUGCCAGAAGUUUGAACAGCUGUCCGAGUCUGCGAAAGAAGGUUGGUCCAGAGUGUUCCUGUUGCUUAUGUAACUUCACACACAAUGU